AUGGCGACUAUUAACAAUUCCCCUUCAAAGGCGAAGUUUUCCUUUGGGACCUCAAGUAGGUUCCCAAAGGUAAGGAAAAGUUAUUGAGAGAAUGCUUCAUAUAAUCAUCAGCCAGCUUUUAACAAAAGAUCUCCCUCUUUUGGAGUGGGAGACAGAUUUAAAGGCCCUACUCCAGAAAAGAAACCUGCUCCAGGGAGUUACAAGCCUCAACUUUCCGAUUUCGAGGCAAAAAAGGGAUCUUCAUUUGGCAUUUCUUACGCUAGCUAUGAGAAAGUUUACAAUAAGGAUAAUAAAAUUCCUACUGAUAGAUCUCUCCCUGGACCUGGUGCUUACCAAAUAGAGAAAGAUAAGAAGGGAGGGUACUCAAUGGGCUCAAGAUUCAAGUCUAAUCAUGAUAUGAUCGCUACCAGCACAUAUCGUAACCCAGGUCCUGGGUCCUACUCUUCACUUAACACUCUUUCCAAGAAUGGCUCUGUGGUGGUUUCUACAAUAAAGAGUCCUUGUAAAACCAAUAUUGGAGGAAAGAGUGACAGAUUUCAUGCGAUUAACAAGCUAAAGCAAACUCCUGGCCCAGGAGAAUAUAUCAGCUCAGCUACUUUAGCUACUGAGAACAAGCGUUCUCUGUCUAAAUAUCCGAAUCCUAAGCUAGCCACCUUUGGAUCAUCCUCAAGAGACUUCAACUCUGGAUCGAAUAAGGCUAUGCUAGGACCAGGGCCCGGAGCUUAUGAAUUUGGCUCAGACUUUAGCGAUACACUCUCAUCAUCCUUCAGAGGAUCUCUGAAGAAGACAAAGAAUCGUCGUUACUCAAGGAGUGUCGAGAAGCUUUAAGCAAUUCCAGAGAGUAGUUGAAUCCUAGAAAUAUUAGCAUUUCAACAGAUU